ACGCUGUCAGGUUUCUCUGUGGACACUUUCAGACGGUUAACUGUGUUAUUUUAUUCCUGUGUAUUCAUCACACACACAAGUGGCUGCCAUUUUGUUGUUGGACAGCGAGCUCCGGCGCAUCAUUUGGGAGAUUCAUUGUAGCAUCUGCGCUGGCAGAGAGAAGGACCUUUGAUCUGUGGCAUGGCUGUGCAAACAGAUGUAUCCUGGUUAUUAAGUAGUUGAUAAAUAUCACCUAUCAUAACUCCCCACACCUUAUUCAGACCAUGUUUUCCUCCUGCAGAUCGUAGCCGUGCAGUGCAGCCUGUUAAGAAGCGUGAUGUGACGUAAUGGUUAUACAGACAUUCUGAGAAAUGUGCAUAAUUAAGUAUGAGCUCAGCCACUCCAGUUUGAUUUAACACGGAGCAAAAGCUAAAACAAAGUUGGGAUUUGCUUUUAAGGUAUUAGGAGGAUGAUAGUCAUGGGAAAAGCUCCGAUAGCAAACAGCAUAACCAAAUAUUGAUUCAUGAGGUAUUUACAUAUUCUCUGUAUGGUUAUUGAAUUGACAUCUGACUUGCCACAGGUAGUGCAUGACCGAUGCCCCGCCUCUGCGGAGCCUGGGAUGCAAAUAGUACCUCCACAGGUGUCAUUUUACACUUGAUCCUUUGGCAAAGAGUCAUCAGAUCACGGGAGCUCCUUUACAAAGAAAGCCAGACGGCAUGCCCCCGUCAAUGGAGACGCAUCGACAAUAACAUUCAAAAGGAUCAGUCGACCAAUCGUCGCCGCCAUCAGUGCUGCAGCGAUGCCAGAUGCGACAUUUUCGGGAGUUCAAUUCGACAUGCAGCUGCUGUUGAAAGUGAGUCUCUCUGUGGCUGGGGUGCUGCUGGUUUCGUGGGCUUACAAGUUCUACAGCUCCAGAGAAGAAGAGAAUAUUCAGCUCUGCGUCAAAGACAACAAAGACACGGACAAUGCAACCUGCCAAAACUGCAAGGCGAUACUCGGAUGUCGAAGCCCACCAAAACAUCCCACCGAUGAUGGGACGGACGAGCAACCCGGACCCUCGGACACCGACUCAGCAAGUGAUAACCGGACAUCUGACGGCACCGGGGGCACGCCGGCGGAAGCUCGUCCUGACCAAGCUGAAAAGAAAAAGGAGGCAUUUAGUAUGUCAUAUACAACCCGGGAUAUCAGCAUGAAAGGAGAGAAACUCCAUCGUCAGGAGCCGGCCAGUAAUAUUUCAUUUGGAUCCGCUUUGAACUUUCCUUAUCCAACUGAGAGUGGGAUGGUCAGUGCAACGGGGCGCCGCUCCCCUUGCUUUUUUCAGAAGCUGGAGGGCAGUGUGGGUGUGGGCAGGGAGUUACGGCAGGACUUAGAGCGCCAGGGGGCCUUCUCCAGCUUCCUCUCCAAGGCAGAGAUCAAGGUGGAGGAUGCGAACGUUGUGCGGGAGGGAACGGGAGACCAGAUUGUGCGCGGAAAAAUAUAUGAUUACUAUGUUGAGUCGUCCUCUCACUCAAUAACAGACUCAAACACCGCUCUGGCUCAGUAUGAGAGAAACUGCCAGUCACAGUCUGUGGAGCUUGGAAGUCGUGGCAGCAGCCUCAAAGAAUCCCCAUCCCCUCUGAGCGCCAUCAUCAUGCGUGAUCUGGUUUUACCACAAGGCACUGUUGAAGCUCCCUCCUUACCGGGAAGCCUAAAACAGAGGCCACCCGCAAGGCCGGUACUCCUACGCAAAGAGAGCUAUCUGUCUGCAGCAGAGCAGUCGGAGCUUUCCAUCCCCUCUCUAAAUACGAGAGCCCCAACCAGCAAUGAGUCCAUCUCUCACUCAACCGGCAGUAAAGGCUUUAAUGUGGAAGAGGAGGAAGAGACUGCGGCAGCAUAUUUACUGCCUCCAGCCAAAACUCUCGACGGCUCAGAUUUGGAAAGCUUGAAGAGUAAACUGCAUCUGGGUAAUUGUUUAGAGACGCUGUGUCUGGCCAAGACACAUGGCUGGACCUCCGUGCGAAAAGCUGCCCUGGGAGUCAUGUCUGACAACUACCUCCAGGUUCUCAGGGACCCCAACCUUUAUGGGCGGCUAAUGGCUGGCGAGAGGGAGCAAAUCCAGAAGCAGAGGAUGAGAGGUAGAGGGUUUCUCAUGGCGGCAGACAUGGACCCUCAGGACUGGGGGAGGAACGCCGGCGGGCGGGCGCAGGACGCUGAGCAGAGGAGGACGUCCAGUGCGGUGUACUAUUAUGAUGACCACAAAGACGCCUGGCAUACACUCUGCCCGAUCCCACAGGAGGCCAUCUCCAAAGCCUGUGCCAUGUGCACAAUGGAUAACUACUUGUUUGUGGCGGUGGGCUGCCAAGGCACGGAGAGAGAAAUGACACCCUCAAAGCGAGUGUUUUGCUUCAAUCCACUGACAUCAAUUUGGAAGGAGAUCAGCCCUAUGAAUGAAGCCAGGCCCCGCUGCAAACUGGCAGCGCUGAAGGGCUACGUCUACGCCAUCGGAGGGGAGUGCCUCUCCUCCGUGGAGCGCUACGACCCGCGAUUGGACAGAUGGACAUUUGUGGCUCCGCUGCCCAAUGAUACGUUUGCCGUGGCGCAUCACGUCACAGUGAGCAGUGGGGAGCUUUUUGUCUCUGGGGGAACUCUUAGAUAUAUGCUGCUGCGUUACAGCCCCAAAACCGACUGCUGGAGGCCCAGCCUGUUGGUAGGCAGCAAGGACAGAACUGCAGACAUGGUCGCCGUGGGGAGAUUUCUGUAUCGGUUCGACGUUAACCCACUGCUGGGAGUCAGCGUGUACCGCUACCAUACGGUGGCGCGGCUGUGGUACGAGUGCAGCUCCAAGAGGCUUGAGCGCUGCCCCGCCUUCCAGUGUGUCAUGUUCGGCGGCACAAUCUAUUGUGUCAGCCGGCAGCUCACCAUGAAGUUCGACGCUGACGAGGUCUCCCCAGGUUUCAAAGAUGAGAGUAUGAGCGUCCUCUCUGCAGCAAAGGGCAUACUUUUCCCUUUUGUUCUUUCGCUCCCUGACAAAAAGCCUCGACAGACCAGUGUGUGAUGAGGAUUCAGUUUUGCUUUGGUGAUAAGAUUAGGUGCUAAUGGAGUUUCACAACAACAGCAUGCUUUUACGUCAAGUUUCUAGUUGACCGAUUGGGUUUUACUGGAUAUACUGUGUUGACCUUUCUUUGAGUUAUAGAAAGCCUCUUCUAUUUCAAACGUAAUAUCUGGGAUUGGGUGUGUUCCUUACGUCUGUGCCCCUGUCAGUAGAUGCAAAGUAUUAGACUCCUAAUGGCAGCCAAACUACUGUUUGCUUAGAUUUACGGAGGAGCUGCCAUGUAAAUUGUUUGCUUCUUUGAUUUGCCACUCCCUCCUGCCAUUAAGUCAGUUUUAUAUCAUCCCGGAUGCUUAACCUCUUUGGAUAAUUCAUGAAUAAGUCUUGCAGUAAAUUAGCUCAUUCAACUCAAACACAUUACAGGGAUUGAGCAAUAUAGUGGUAAUCUAUCACUGUGCUCCACUGUGUAAGACACACAUCAUUUACGCAGUGGCCUGGAUACAAUGCAAUCAUCUACAGUUGCUCUUUAAAUAUGACAAGAUGAAAAUGGAUCUGUCACAUAAUGUGAAUAGGUGGACUUCUUAAAGCAUUUGUCAUUGCUUUUGACUAAAACGUGUUGUUUUGUGGAUUUUAGUCACUCUCCUUCAAAGGCCAGAAAGAAGCGUAUUUGUUUUAAAGAUGACUGAGCGGAGUCCUACUAAACCUACCGACCUACUAAACCUAUGUGUUUGUUAUCUAUUGUUCUAUAAACAUCAAAAGAAAUAAAUGAAUGCCAUCCAUUGCA